AUGGCUGGACUGGAGGACCUGAAGCGGAGGCUGCAGCCCAUCUUCUUCGACGCCGAUGGCAAUGUUGUGCCGCCCCCCGCCGCCGACGGGACGUCCGACGACUCCAGCUCUGACGACUGCGAGGUUUUGGAUGGUGGAACUGUCAAUUUAUUGAGUAGGUCCUCUGAUGAAUAUAACAUCAGUAAGCUUGGCUUCCAUAAACGAACAACCAGACCAGAUGGGGACUAUGCUACAGAUAAGGCAUAUCGAUGUUCUUGUCAUGAUAUGCAUAUUUUUGAUUCUGUUGGUAAUGGUGCAAGCAGCGUUGUCUAUAGAGCUAUUUAUGUACCAGUCCAUCGAGUUUUGGCACUCAAGAAAAUCAACAUUUUUGACAAGGAAAGGAGACAACAGAUUCUUAAUGAGAUUAGAACGUUAUCAGCAGCAUCUUGUUAUCCAGGUUUAGUUGAAUUCCAAGGAGUUUUUUACACCCCGGACUCUGGAGAAAUAUACUUUGCUCUUGAGUAUAUGGAUGGUGGUUCAUUAGCAGAUAUUAUCAGGGUCAAGAAAUUCAUAACAGAACCAGUUCUUUCACAUAUGCUACAGAAAGUGUUGCUAGCUCUGCGCUACUUGCAUGAAGUGAGGCGUUUAGUUCACAGAGAUAUAAAGCCAGCAAAUUUGCUUCUAAAUCUAAAGGGUGAUACGAAAAUUACAGACUUCGGUGUAACUUCUGGACUGCAUGAUUCAGUUACCAUGUGUGCUACCUUCCUGGGCAGUGUCACAUAUAUGUCCCCCGAGAGAAUUCGGAACGAAAAUUACUCAUAUGCUGCUGAUAUCUGGAGCCUUGGACUAACAGCAUUGGAGUGUGCAACUGGAAGAUACCCAUAUGAUGUAAAUGGGGGCGAGGCCGACCUCAUGCUGCAGAUAUUGGAAGAUCCAUCGCCAACACCGCCACAACAUAUGCAUUCAGAAGAGUUUUGCUUGUUCAUCGAUGCUUGCUUGCAGAAAGAUGCUGAUGCAAGACCAACAUGUGAUGAGCUUUUGUCUCAUUCCUUCAUCAAGAAAUACGAGGGACCUGGUGUGGACUUGGCAGAGUACAACAGAAGUGUUCAUGAUCCAGCAGAAAGAUUAUCACAAAUAGCACAUAUGCUUGCUGUACAUUACUACCUGAUCUUUGACGGUGGUGAUGACCAAUGGCAUCACAUGAAGUCAUUCUAUGGACAAGAUUCUACUUUCAGUUUCUCAGGGGAAACACAUGUCGGUAAGAGCGACAUAUUCGAUACUUUGUCAAGAAUAAGGGAAAUGCUAAAAGGUAACAGCCGUUGCGAGAAGAUUGGCCGUGUGAUGGAGAAGGUUUACUCGUGCACAUGGGGAAGAAGGGACGAGUGUUCGAGUUUCUGGAUCAUUCAUUAUGGGGAACGAGUUCCUUGUGUGCGCAGAUGGGUUUUGUGCUGA